GCGCUGCGCCCGCCCCCGCCGCCAGCCCGCAGCGCGGCCGGCGGUAAGAUGGCGGCGGCGGAGUGCGAUGUGGUGAUGGCGGCGCCCGGCGGCCCCGAGCCCGAGCCCGCGGAGGACACGCGCAGAGAAGCAGAAUCCUUCAAGGAGCAGGGCAAUGCCUACUAUGCCAAGAAGGACUACAACGAGGCCUACAACUACUACACGAAAGCCAUAGACACCUGCCCUGGCAGUGCCAGCUACUACGGGAACAGAGCUGCCACGCUGAUGAUGCUCGGCCGCUUCCGCGAGGCGCUGGCGGACGCCCAGCAGUCGGUCAGGCUGGACGACAGCUUCCUGCGGGGCCACCUCCGGGAAGGGAAGUGCCACCUGUCCCUGGGCAACGCCAUGGCUGCCAGCCGCUGCUUCCAGCGCGUCCUGGAGCUGGACCACAAGAACGGCCAGGCGCAGCUGGAGCUGAAGAACGCCAGCACCGUGCUGGAGUAUGAGAAGAUCGCUGAGGUGGACUUUGAGAAGAGAGACUUCAGGAAGGUUGUGUUCUGCAUGGAUCGAGCCCUGGAGUUCGCCCCUGCCUGCCACCGCUUCAAGAUCCUCAAGGCCGAGUGCCUGGCGCUGCUGGGACGCUACCCUGAGGCCCAGUCCGUGGCCAGCGACAUCCUGCGGCUGGACGCCACCAACGCGGACGCGCUGUACGUGCGAGGGCUGUGCCUGUACUACGAGGACUGCAUCGAGAAGGCUGUGCAGUUCUUCGUGCAGGCCCUGCGCAUGGCUCCGGACCACGAGAAGGCCUGCCUGGCCUGCAGGAAUGCCAAAGCGCUCAAAGCAAAGAAGGAAGAUGGAAACAAAGCCUUCAAGGAGGGCAACUACAAACUAGCUCAUGAGCUGUACACAGAGGCCCUGGGCAUCGACCCCAACAACAUCAAAACCAACGCCAAGCUCUACUGCAACCGAGGGACAGUGAACUCCAAGCUGAGGAAGCUGGAGGAGGCCAUCGACGACUGCACGAACGCGGUGAAGCUGGACGACACCUACAUCAAAGCCUACCUGAGGAGAGCACAGUGCUACAUGGACACAGAGCAGUACGAGGAUGCUGUCCGCGACUACGAGAAGGUUUACCAGACGGAGAAGACGAAAGAGCACAAACAGCUGCUCAAGAAUGCCCAGGUGGAGCUGAAGAAGAGCAAGAGGAAAGACUACUACAAAAUCCUGGGGGUGGACAAGAAUGCCUCAGAGGAUGAGAUCAAGAAGGCCUACAGGAAAAGGGCACUGAUGCACCACCCAGACAGACACAGUGGGGCCAGUGCAGAGGUGCAGAAGGAGGAGGAGAAGAAGUUCAAGGAGGUGGGGGAGGCCUUCACCAUCCUCUCAGACCCCAAGAAGAAGGCUCGCUACGACAGCGGCCAGGACCUGGAGGAGGAUGGCCUCAACAUGAGAGACGUUGAUGCAAACAACAUCUUCAAGGCCUUCUUUGGUGGGCCAAGUGGCUUCAGUUUUGAAGCUUCUGGGCCUGGAAGUUUCUUUUUCCAGUUCGGUUAGGAGAGCCCCAGGGCAGCCCCAGCUGACCUCCUCUCGACCUCCGCCAGGCCGUACGUAGCCCCUGCCCCCACCGCCUCUGUCGUCCGUAGAGCAGUCCCACCCCUGGCUGGAGGCCUCUGUCGUGUGCUGUGUGUGAGGAGGAAGCCAGCUGGGGGGGGAAGGCUUUGGUGAAGUCUGUUCUACUGUUAACUUUGUUAAAAAAA